UUUCCGACAGAACACAAGUUUUUCUCGCUACACACUCUCCACCAUUUUUGCUUUCAAACAUAACUGUAAAUCUUCCAGUUCUUCUUCUCAGGACAUAUGUUUGAGGAAAAGAUUGUGGAAAAUGGCUUUUAUGGAGGAGAGAGAGCAAUCAGAUUCAUCAUUUGAUAAGGUCAACCCAGCGAAACUUCCAUCUCUUACCUGGAAGAGAAAACUAAAUAGUGAUGAUAUCACCCUUUCGUCGUUUUCAAUGACUUGGAAGGAGAUAAUUCACCUGGCCCCCAUAGGUAUUCGGAUUCUGCAGCAUAUUCGAGAAGAGUAUGCCAAAGGAAGGCGGGUUUUCCUCAAUCCAUUUAUUAAGCGCUUACUAACAUCUUCUCAAGGCAUUCCCCUUGGUGGAAUUGGUGGAGGCAGCAUUGGAACUAGUUACAGAGGUGGAUUUCAGCGCUUUCAAAUGUUCCCUCGAAUUUGUGAAGAUAAACAGAUUCCAGCAAAUCAAUUUUCUGUUUUUGUUUCACGCUCAAAUGGUGAAAAACAUUCUACUGUACUGUGCGAAAGGACCUCAGAGGUGCUCAAGGAUACAACAACGGCUUCGGGGAUUGGAUCUUGGGACUGGAAUCUGAAGGGGAAUAAUUCGACAUAUCACGCUUUGUAUCCAAGGGCUUGGACUGUAUAUGAGGGUGAACCUGACCCUGAACUUACAAUUGUUUCUCGCCAAAUUUCUCCUAUUAUACCCCAUAAUUACAAAGAGAGCAGCUUCCCUGUAUCAGUUUUUACCUUCACGCUAAAUAAUUCCGGAAAGACUUCUGCAGACGUCACCUUGCUUUUCACAUGGACAAAUUCUGUUGGAGGAGCUUCCGAAUUUACAGGUCAACACUACAACUCAAAAAUAAAGAUGGAGGAUGGCGUGCGUGGAGUCGUUCUACAUCACACGAGUGCAGAUGGCCACUCCCCAUUAACUUUCGCAAUUGCAGCACAAGAGACUGAUGAUGUCCAUGUCUCAGAGUGCCUUUGUUUUGUGAUAUCUGGAAACUCCCAGGGUUUAACAGCAAAAGAUAUGUGGCAUGAAAUAAAAGAGCAUGGAUCCUUCGAUCGCCUUAAUUCUACUGAAACAUCAAAGCCUUCAGAACAGGGAUCAUCUAUUGGGGCAGCUAUUGCAGCUUCUGUGAAAGUCCCACCGGGUGCAGUGCGCACUGUUACAUUUUCAUUGGCAUGGGAUUGCCCAGAAGUGAAAUUUUUUAGUGGAAAGACAUAUUAUCGGCGUUACACGAAAUUCUAUGGUACUUAUGGAGAUGCAGCUGCAAGUAUAGCCCAUGAUGCUAUUCUUGAGCAUGGAAAUUGGGAAUCACAGAUAGAAGCAUGGCAAAGACCUAUUCUUGAAGACAAGAGGCUUCCUGAAUGGUACCCUAUCACUUUAUUUAAUGAGCUCUAUUACCUAAAUUCAGGGGGCACCAUUUGGACCGAUGGCUCACCUCCUGUUCAUAGUUUAAUGCACAUUGGUGAUAGGAAGUUUUCCCUAGAUAGGUCACAAUCAGAUUUGAAGAAAAAUGUUGACGUACCCAAUCAUAAUGAUACUGCCGUAAACAUUCUUGAGAAGAUGACUUCAAUUUUUGAGCAAUUACACACUCCAGUCGCACUCAGUUCUGCUUUCGGAACAAAUUUACUUGAAGAAGGUGAAGAAAACAUUGGCCAAUUCCUUUAUCUUGAAGGAAUUGAAUAUCCCAUGUGGAACACCUAUGAUGUUCACUUCUACUCAUCUUUUUCAUUAGUCAUGCUAUUUCCUAAACUUCAACUCAGUGUCCAAAGAGACUUUGCAGCAGCAGUAAUGAUGCAUGAUCCCAGUAAGAUGAAACUUAUACAUGAUGGACAGUGGGUCCUCAGAAAAGUUCUUGGAGCUGUUCCCCAUGAUAUUGGAAUUGAUGACCCCUGGUUUGAAGUAAAUGGCUACUGUCUUUAUGACACGUGUCGAUGGAAAGACUUGAAUCCAAAAUUUGUUCUCCAAGUUUACCGGGAUGUGGUUGCCACAGGGGACAAGAAGUUUGCACAAGCUGUUUGGCCCUCAAUUUAUGUUGCGAUGGCAUAUAUGGACCAAUUUGAUAGGGAUGGUGAUGGGAUGGUUGAGAAUGAUGGCUUCCCAGAUCAGACAUACGAUACAUGGUCUGUCUCUGGUGUGAGUGCAUACAGUGGAGGCCUAUGGGUGGCAGCAUUGCAGGCUGCGUCAGCAUUGGCACAUGAAGUUGGUGACAAGGGUUCUGAGGAUUAUUUCUGGUGCAAAUUUCAAAAAGCGAAAGUUGUAUAUGAGAAAUUGUGGAAUGGUUCUUACUUCAAUUAUGACAAUAGUGGUAGCCGCUCAAGUUCAUCUAUUCAAGCUGAUCAAUUGGCUGGACAAUGGUAUGCCCGAGCAUGUGGUCUUUCACCGAUUGUUGAUGAAGACAAAGCGAGAAGUGCAUUAGAAAAGGUUUUUAACUAUAAUGUCUUGAAGAUUAUGGAUGGAAAGCGGGGGGCGGUUAAUGGGAUGCUACCUGAUGGAACAGUUGACAUGACAACAUUGCAGUCAAGAGAAAUAUGGUCCGGUGUCACAUAUGCUGUUGCUGCAACGAUGAUCCAUGAAGAUUUGGUCGAUAUGGGAUUUCAAACUGCCAGUGGAAUCUAUGAAGCAACAUGGUCUGAAAAUGGACUUGGCUAUUCUUUCCAAACUCCAGAAGCUUGGACCACCGAUGGUGGAUUCAGAGCGCUAUGUUACAUGCGUCCAUUGGCCAUAUGGGCAAUGCAAUGGGCUCUAACAAGGCCAAAACCUUCUAACAAUGAGAUGAAACCAGAAGUAAAUGAAGAAUCUUUGUAUAGGUAUCAUGCCGGAUUCUGUAAAGUUGCUCGCCUUCUAAAGGUACCAGAUGAGAAAGUGCGUAAAAGUCUUUUACAAUCACUCUUUGAUUACACUUGCAAGAGGAUGUUUUCAUAAUCGAUUGGUUCCUGUAACUUAUUACUGUCAUCCAUUUUUGUGUACAAUAAGAAAAUUCAUCACAGAAAGAAAAGAAAUAUUGGGGCAUACUAUAAUGCGCUAACUAUAUGAAAUUUUUAUGUAAAUUAUAUUGUUCUACCAUUAGUUUUCCAAUUCUUGUGACUCUUUUCAAAAUUUA